CUUAUGGCUGUUCCCUUUUAAUAAACCCACAACCGUCGGUCGCCAUCGAGCCCCCUACUCAUUAAGACCCUUUUUUAUCUUCAUAUAAAUAUCACAUCCAAUCUAGCAAUUUCUGUUUUCCACGCCCACAACUUCCAAUCGUUCUUUAAUACUUUUUCUAUUCUGCUUCUUUUUUUCUUGCAGUGCGCUUCACAUGAAAGAACAUCCAGACUACAAAUACCGUCCGCGUCGCAAACCAAAGACCCUCAAUAAAUCUCCAGUGCCCGGCUCCACGGCCAACGCCUCACAAAAGGAGUCACAACAUGGCCACAUGGGUGCAUCAGCGGCGGCUGCCGCAGCAGCUGCUGCAGCUGUAGCCGUCGCCGCUCAACACCCACAUCAUGCUCACCAUCAACAGCAUUCUCCUACAAGCCAUCAUCACCUAGCUACUGCGGCCAAGUACGGUUUUGGUCCAAUGCCACUGGAGUUGACGCUCAAUAUGCCAACGCGUCAUUUACCUGGUGCUUUUGCAUCGACAACGGCUCUAACACAUUACCCUCUGGAUCCCACCAUCGCACUCGAUCUACAGGCUCGUCUUCAGGCUAUGUACGCGGGAACGCUAUAUCACCCUUGGCGAUAUUUUGGCUGCACGCCGCUUAUAAGCCCCGAGACGCCGCCGUCGCCUCCCAGCAGCAACGGUACCGGUAGCAUCGCUUCUUCUUACGGCUGCGGCAUAAAAUCGGCUAAAUCUUCACCUACGCUGCCACUGCCAGUGGGCACCCAGGCGCCUCCCAACAUUAUUUGACCAACUCCUUUGCGAUUCGGAGGCAGCUCUGCGAGUAAUGCUCCUGUUGGCGUCGUAGCUGAACCGGCCAUGUAGGCUAUUAUGUAAAUGUAGUAGAGAUUAGAUUUUAAAUUGAGUAUAGAUACAUAUAUGUACAAUACAUAUGUAUAUAGUUAUAAACAUAUCCGUAUACUUAAAAUUGUAUAUACCAUAAAAUAAUAAGGGUAUUCAGACUAUCCUCGUUAAUGUAUUAAUUCGUUAUCUGGUAACUCGGUAACACUUUCAACUUCAAAUGCCCAUUAUUCUUUUUCUGGUUAAAAUUACUUUCGAAUCAGCUGACGUGAAGUUCUUUUAUUUAUAAACAUUUAUUAAUUCCACGACAGAAACGUAUAUUGAACUGAUUAAAUGUAUGCACUUUUCGCGGGAGAAAAUUCCAGCAAAUAAGUGACAAAAAGGAAUCAGCUGACAUUUUAACGCGUGUGUUACCACCAGGGUUGCCACUGACGACAAAAAAUACUUACCAUCCGCUUGAAAAAAUCUACCAAAUCUGGAAAAUAUC